CACUUUUUAAAACCUCUGUGCAUUUAUGCUAAGACAUAAUUAUUAUUGUUCCUCAGUCUUUCUUUAUUUGCUGUUCUCUUGACCAGUUGCUUUAUUUUUUUUAAAAAAGACAAAAAGAGCAGCAAAAAAAUGAGGCAGGAUUUAAGCCAGUUUUCAUUAUGUAACGAACAAUGAGGAUAUCUGUGAGCUGCUCUCUGAAGUUGGCGGAGAGGGACGAGGGGCAGCUUUUAAUUGACUUUAGACAACUUUACAUUUGUGUGGGCAGCGACCUUGGGUCGUUUUGGCGUUUGCAAUUUUCUUUUAGCUCCGCAUUUGUCUCAUUCGUGACAAUUCCUGGUGUUUUAACCCCGAAAUCGUAGUGGGAGAAGGGAGGAAGGAUAGGCGGCUGUGCCGAUGUACAGCGCCGUUGUGCUGCUGUCCUUAGCUGGCCCUGAGAGAUCCUGUUUCUCCUGACGUUGGCCAGAGUCCCAUCUCUUAUUUGCCGCUUGACGUGAGGACUUGGCACGGCGGCCAACGUGAUGGAUGAGCAGAAGGAGAUCACCAGGUGGAGGUCCUUCCGGGCGAAGACCAAACCCCUCCUGCAGAACCUGAAGGGCAAGAUGUCGGGCACGAAGAAGGCAGGCUUGCAGAGACGCCUCCUGGAUCAGCGGAUGAGCGUGUCGGAGCCCGACAUGCUGCAGGUGGUCAAGAGCUACAACGAGGGCUACUCGCCUUCCCUCGUCCCGUCCCGCGCCCCCAAUUACUACAGCAGCCCCUCCACCCCAGUCAAGAAUGCGGACGAGAGGAGUGAAGAGGAGAUCCUCCAGGAGGGUGCAGCACUCUCGGGGGAGGCUGGUCAUCCAACAAACCCUUUGCCUGACAAUGAACCUUCUCCACCCACUGGGUUGCCCGUGUCGGAGAUGGAAUCCAGCAGAAACGACGAGGAAAUCAUUCCGGACCUGAACCUGGCAGAUGCAUUGACGGAAGGAAAAUAUGUGGAUGAACUUGGUGAAGGUACAGACCUGGAGUCUUCGCAAAGUUCCAUGUUCUUCGAAGAGCAGGCCUUGGAGCAACAAGAAGGGAAAAGUAGCGACCUGCCGUCAUCCCGACUCCCCUCGUACCUGCUGAAGAUUCACCUGAAGGAGGGACAUCACCUGGUCGUUCGGGACCGCUGCGGCACGAGUGAUCCGUACGUCAAGUUUAAACUUGCUGGGAAGACUUUGUACAAGAGCAAGAUUGUUUACAAAAACCUGAAUCCUCGGUGGGACGAAACCUUUGUUGUUCCAGUCAAGAACUUAAAUCAAAAGCUUUAUGUCAAGGUAUAUGACCGAGACUUGGCCACUGACGAUUUCAUGGGGUCUGCAUAUCUCAAUCUCAAUGAUCUUGAAAUAAACAGUGCUGUGCAGAAAGAGUUGCAGCUCGAUGAUCCAAAUAGUCUGGAGGACUACAUGGGAGAAAUAAUCCUGGAGAUAAAACUAAUCAACAAGCCAUGUGAAAGGAAGUCCAGUCAAGUAAGGAAGAAACGGGGGGCCACCACAAAGACGAGUUUCAUCCAAAAUAUCCGCUUGUCCGAUUCCCUUCGCAAGAACCAGCUGUGGAACGAGAUUGUCGGCGUCACUCUGUUCGAGGGCAAGGGCCUCGAGGAGAAGGCAGCUGAGCAACGUUACGUGAGGUUCAGGCUGGGAGAUGAACAGUAUACCAGCAAGGCCCUGUACAAGUGCGCAAACCCUCAGUGGAGAGAGAGGUUUCAUCUCCAUCUGUUCAACGACAGGCCAAAUAUUUUGGAAGUGGAAGUCUGUGGGAAGGACAGCAUGAAGCAAGAAGAAAGUUUUGGCGUGUGCACGGUUGAUCUUUUGGCGUUGCCCAAGGAACACGUCAGCCACUUGGACUUGCCGCUGGUGAAUGGAGCGGGGUCGGUCGUUCUGCUGGUGACGUUUUCAGCUUGUAGUGGAGUCUGCAUCUCAGACCCGAGCGUCAGCCUGCUCGACGAUCCGACUGAGAAACAUCAGAUGAUUGAGAGAUACAGGUUGCGAAACGCUUUCCAAGAUAUGAGUGACAUUGGGUUUCUCCAAGUGCAAGUGAUCAAAGCCUGUGACCUGCUGGCUGCUGAUUUUGCAGGAAAGAGUGAUCCAUUUUGUGUUUUGGAGCUGGGGAACGAUCGGCUACUAACCCAUACCAUCUACAAGAAUCUCAAUCCCAAAUGGAACAAAGUUUUUUCAUUCAAUGUUCGGGACAUCCACGACGUUCUGGAAGUUACUGUCUUCGAUGAAGAUGGGGACAAGCCACCAGACUUCCUCGGCAAAGUUGCAAUACCACUGCUUUCCAUCAAGAACGGACAGCGGACUGGAUACGUGCUGAAGAACAGAAAGCUGGGGCAAGCGGAGAAAGGAGUUCUCUACUUGCAGAUGGACAUAAUCUCUAACCCAAUUAAGGCCAGCCUCAGAACUUUCAAACCAAAGGAACCAAGGAAAUUGGAUGAAAACUCCAAGUUUUCAAAGAAGGUGUUAACCAGGAACCUUAGGCGAGUGCGCAACAUCACUAGAACAUUAUGGAGCACGGCGCGUUACAUCCAGAGCUGCUUUGAGUGGGAAUCCACUCUGAGAAGUUUAAUCGCCUUUAUGCUGUACCUGGCGGUAGUCUGGACAUUUGAGAUCUACAUGCUCCCACUUGCACUACUGAUGAUCCUUGCCUGGAACUACAUCCAGAUUGCCCGAGGAAAAGUCGUCAGCCAUCAGUACCUGGAGUAUGAAGAUGUGGAUGGAGAUGAUGACGAGGAUGAUGAUGAGAAGGACUCUGAAAGAAAAGGAUUACUGGGCAAGCUCCACAAGGUUCAAGAUAUUGUCAUUAGUGUUCAGAAUUUCCUUGAUACAAUAGCAUCUUUUGGCGAAAGACUGAAGAACGUUUUCAAUUGGACCGUGCCAUUUCUGGGCAAGUUGGGCUGCACUGUCCUCGCUGUCUGCACGAUCGUCUUGUACUUUGUUCCACUGCGGUAUCUCCUGCUGAUUUGGGGCAUACACAAAUUCACUAAGAAGCUAAGAAAUCCAUACGCCAUCGAUAAUAAUGAGCUCCUUGACUUCCUGUCCAGAGUGCCGUCAGAUGUCCAAAAGGUACAACAGGCGGAGCUGAGACUAAGCAAUGGGCUCGCGGCUGUAAGGAAGAAGAAAUGCACGUCGUAGCUGGUGGAGAGGACGGCUUGUUGCUGCUUUGAUCGUGUGACUGAGACCAACGUCAACAGUCCCCACUUCAGAUUGUCCACUUCCCAAUUUGCUGUGGGUACGACCGUCCAUCUGAUCAGUCAAGGUUUAAAAACAAAAGUGACAUUUGCAAAGCCAGUUUGAUGGCAAUAUGUGCAAUAUUUUGAAGUCAUUCGGAUAUCAUCUGGAUCAUGUGUCUUGCAAUAUUAUGAUUUUUGUCCUGUCUGUGCUUCUUUCUUGACUCGCUGGAAGAGUGCGGUGUCUUUUGAGGUUGGCUGGUCAUCUGAUGAGACACCCAUGUUCUGCCACAGAAGGCACUGGAGGCCAAUUCACUGGAUGUUUUCAAGAGAGAGUUAGAUAUAGCUCUUCGGGCUAAAGGAAUCAAGGGAUAUGGGGAGAAAGUAGGAACGGGGUACUGAUUUUGGAUGAUCAGCCAUGAUCAUAUUGAAUGGCGGUGCUGGCUCGAAGGGCUGAAUGGCCUACUCCUGCACCUAUUGUCUAUGUUGUUCUAUUUUCCUGCAUUACACCAGGUGCUUUCUCCAGAGAAUGAGCCGCCGGCAUUUUUCACUCCAUCACGUUCACGGCUUGGUGAAGAGACCAAAUGUCAGAGGGUGGUGAAUCUGUAGGAUUCGUUGCCACAGACGGCUGUGGUGGCCAAGCCAAUGGGUAUUUUUAAGGUGGAGAUUGGUCGGUUCUUGAUUAGUACGGGUGUCCGGGGUUAUG